AUGAAAUCGGUUGUACCUAAACGUUCAAUUCGACGAGGUCGACCACCUUUACGUCUUCGAUCAAAAGAAAAUACUCCAUUACCUCAUCCUCGAGUUGCACCUAUUCGAACUCCACCAGCUAGUAUUCGACUCGAUGGAUUCAAUCACUGGCUAAUGUCAGCAACCAAAGAACGUUGUCGUCAUCAUGGAUGCAACAUUGUGUUCCAUUCAUUGAAAGAUAAAAGUCUUUUUUUGUAUUCUUCAAAAUGCAGUCAAACAAUCAUGUCGUUACUAACUUUACUGUUGUUUGCUCUUUUAACUACUGCUGCUGCUACAACCAAAAAUUGUCGAACUCGAUCAUCCAUUGAACAGUCUCUAACCGAUACUCACAUUCCAGGAACUGGAAUUAUUGUAGUCAAUGGAACUGAUAUAAUAUACCAACAAGCUUUCGGCUAUCACACUCUUUCUCUACCACAAUCUAUCGAUUUGGGCAUGUCGAUCUUCGUUGUAGCCUCGAUAACUAAAACAUUCGUUGCCGUUGCUGUCAUACAACUUGUCGAAGUAAAUCUGAUUGAUCUGGAUACCGAUAUAAAUUAUUAUCUAUUAUCCACUGAUCCACGAAUAUUUCGUCCAUUCUAUCCUUCUCAUACAAUUACUUUAUGUCAAUUACUUUCACAUUCAGUAUCCAUUGAUACAAAUGGUGAAAUGCCAUUCGCUUCAAUACAACCUGAUGAUGCCGCAUUACGAAAGACAUCUUUGGCUGACAGAUGUUUUACAUAUUUAAAUUCCAACGCAUCGAAUUGGCUACCAUAA